AUGUCCUUCUGGGGUGGGUUGUUAACCCUGGGCGGGGGUCGCCUCCAGUAUCGAUCCGAGGAAGGCCGUCUGCACUUGGCGGUUGCAGUCCCUGUCUGCCCGUUCUAUUUGGAGCAACAGAAACAGCAUAAAAAGAAUCAGCAGCAACAAAAGAAGCAGCAGCAGGAACAGCAGCACAAGAAGCAGCAGCAGCAGCAUGCCCCAACGUGGAUCUUAAUGAUGCAGACGGCGGGCUUGAGGACUCCCAUUGCUAAGAUCAACGAGUUUAGACAACCCCUCAAAUUGCUUAUCUCGGAAGACGCCGAGUUUUGGGUAGAAGCAGCAGCAGGCAGCAGCAGCAGCAACUGGGCGGUGCAGCUAGCCGGAGCUCUUGUCCCGUAUGAGGAUCCCUGCAGCUGCUGCAGCCACGACUCCAGCGACUGCAGCAGCAGCAGCAGGAAGCGGAAGGCUCAGGCGGAUGCAGACGAUGACGCCCCUGAGCUCGUGGACGAGAAGGUGUACAGACAGCAGAAACUUCUCAAGCAGCAGCACCAGCAGCAGCAGCAGCAGAAAGGUGGUGGUUUGUCUCUUCAAUUAGCUAAGGAGACAGAAAGCAUUCCUUCUCUUGCAGAGCAGCUAACAGGACAGAAGCAGCACAAGCCGCAGCAACGUCCUCCUUCCCUGUCGCAGAAUGCUCCUCCUCAGCAGCAGCAGCAGAAACAGCAACAGCAACAGCAGCAGAAACAACAAAGUCAGCAGCAGCAGAAGCCACAGCAACAGCAGCAGCAGCAGCAGCAGGUGCAGGGUUUACUGUCUUCUGCAAAGCAAACAGAGGGCUUCCGGUUUUUCCUGCGGCUGCGGCUGCCUAACAUUUGGAUCUUUAAAAUAAAAGACAGACUCCGCCGUUGGGAGCGGCGCUCGCUCGCCGCUGCCGUUGAAACCAUCAGCUGGUUAAGUUUCUUUAGAGAGGAGGAAUCAGAAUCUGCUGUCGAUUUUGCUGCUGCUGCUAUCGAGAUCAUUUGUGUUGCUGCUAUUGCAUACUUUGGGGCAUCCGCCGCUAUCCACAGGGACUGGCGCGGCGCUGGGGUGUAUGCGGCGUUUGCGGGGCUGCUGACGGUGCUGCAGCUGCUUUGGGUUGUUUUUGCGGUGUAUAGCGUAAAGGCAGUAAAGGCAGAUAUUGCUGCUUUAGAUCCUUUCGAGUCUGCUGAGGCGGAAGAGCAGCAGAUUGUGCUGGAGCAGCAACUUGUUGUUGCUGCAGUCCAGCUAGGCAUGUACCUGCUGGCCUUGGCUUCAUACUUGGCAGCAACCAUUUCUGCUUGGUCCCUAAGGUACAACAUCAUCCUAGUCGGCCCAGGUUCUGCUGCUGCCGCUGCUGCCGCAACAGGGGCUGCUGCUGCUGCUGCAGCUGAAGCUGCUGCUGCUGCAGACGCUGAGGAAGACGGAGUUGCAGACCCCCUGGGGCGCAGGCAGUCCCAAAGGGCCACCGUGCAGCAACAACUGCUGCAGCAGCAACUCGAGCUGCUCCAGCAGGAACAGAUAGAGCAGCAGCAACUGCUGCUGCUGCGGCAAGAAGAGCUGCUACUGCAGCAAGUAGCUAAGGGGCGAUCUGCCUCGACAUCAGUAGGGCGAAAAUCCUUAGCAGCAACAUCGCAAGACAGGGAGGCAGCAGCAGUAGCAGCAGCAGCUGCUGCUGCAGUAGCUCGCAAGUCGCUAGCUUUCACUGAGCAGGGCAGGGAGGCAGCAGCAGUGGCAGCAGCAGCGGCCGCCGCCGCCCGCAAGUCCCUCGCCACGGCCUCAAGAGGAAGCAAAGAAAGCGCAGCAGCAGCAGCUGCUGCUGCUGCUGCUACUGCUGCACUGAGAAGCCAACGAGCCACAAUUCUGGGUGGGCCUGGACGUGCCAGCAUGGCGCCUCGCCGCUCCACUGCUGCUGCUGCAGCUGCUGCUGCUGCUCGAGAGCAGCAACGCAGGCGCACUGAGGGCUCUGCGCUGCAGGCUGCCCCUGCAGCAGCAAGAGGCGGCCAAGAAGACACCCAGGAAGAGACAGACGGGUAA